AUGUCUACCAACUAUGCAAAACUCGCCCGCCUUGCGCAAGUCAACUACUCCAUCUAUACCUCAGCUAAGGCUGACGACCAGUCCGUGCUUGAGGCCGAGCUCCUCCUCCGCUCGCACACCCCAAAUGUCCUCGCCACCUACUAUGCCAAAGAGCUCUGGGUCUACUCCCUCAACGACACACCCCUUCCUGCCAUUCCUGCCUCGUACCACCUCAAAUUCCAGAGCAGCGGCACCAUUCCUCCGCUGAAGUUCUUCCAGAAGCUGGCGCCACCCGCAGAACUGCCCAACUUCCAGUUCAUCCACCUCACCUUCAUCAAGUCCGUCAAGAAGCUUGUACUCACACGUUUGACCUUGGAAAAGGCCGUCGCUCCCUUCGGAAACCACUGCGUGUCGCUUCUUCCGGCCGACCGCCGCUGCGUCGUGCUCAUCGACCCGAUCCUCACCCCACAAGGCGACCUCUACCUCAACAUCUGUAGCAAGGAGCACCACCUAAGGACCUUCAAGGAACUCCCAUCAGAUAGCUCGGAUCCCGAAGACGUCUCUGAACGGGCCUAUGCAAUCUAUCUCAUACCCUCGGGGAUCCGUGCGCACUUCGCAGACGAAACGCUCCAAGAAUCACGUGCGGCGCCGCCUGCGAACUACGCGCAACUCGUGCAGACACUCCGCCUCGCGCUGGCACUCCCGCUCCCACUGGACCCGGCGCAGCUCACGUGGGUGCGCCUCGUGCCGAACCUCAACCACCUCAACAACCUCACACCCGCCAUCUGUCAGUUCCUUCAGAAUGGCUUUGCCAAUACGAAGCUGGUUAUCUGGCCGCUCGAGCUCUGCUACGUCCAGGGCGCGGUAGCCACUGCCGCGAUGGAGAUGGCCGAGUUUUCCGACCCGCUCCGCUGGGUCGAUGACUUUAGCAACUGGCAGCAACACACGAACACCAUCCGCUUGGAGCACUUGAAGUUCCAAUCGGCGGUCAACACGCCGAUGUCCACAAUGGCUACACCCAUGGAUGCAGCUGCGCUCGCGAUGACGCUGGUGCCCGCACCGUCGACGGAGGAGGACUGGGGGAAUCUCAGCGAAGAGUUGUUUGGAGACGACGGAAUGGACGAGAAGGUGACCGAGGGAGACUUUAACUUUUUUGAUGAAUACCCGAGUGGCGAAGCUGCGAGGGAUGACACCGCGAGCGAACCACGCCCAGAGGAUGUUAACGAUGCACGCACGGAUGCCGUGACUGAUACAGAGCCGGAUGCUGCGAACGACACGCACGAAGAUGUCGUCAAUAAUGCACGCGUAGACGCGAACGGAGAGGCGUGUGCUGAUGCCGUCUCCGCCGCGACAAAUACAGCUAGGUCUGUGCUUUCGCCUGUACCGCUUUCGCCUGCACCGCCAUCUCCCGCGCUCCUAGACAUCCCCAUGGACAAAAUGAUCCAACCACCUAAAACCCCCGGUUGCUACCGCGACCCAGGCGCGCCCCUUCCUAUUGAGUCGCCCAACCCGCCCAUGCGUCGCCAGUCGGCGUUCUCACCGCUUACGUUCAACCCUAUUAUCAAGAGCGGCGUGGACGCCAAGUACGUUAAUGGCGGGCGUUUCUACGUGCCCGAAAAAAUGGGACUGGUCACGGCAAUCAGCUCAGACGAGACUGGUUCCGACAGCGAUGCAGACUCGCAUUCAGACGGCCCGGAGACGCAUGCACACACAUCCACCCCGAGCAAGCGCGCACGAGAGCCCGAGCCUAACAACAACGACGACUUGGUGCGUGGCUCACCAUCUGCGUUUGCCGAGCCCUUCGACUUGAAACCUACCCUGGGCGUGUCGUCUACUGCCGCACUGCCGAAUAUAGACGAAAAGCCCGUGAAGCGCGCGCGUGGUGAGGGGUCCUUGGCGUCCACCAACUGGCUCCCUCUUCUCCUUCGCUCGAUCAAUGUGUUCCUGAUUCCCGACGUGUUUUACACCGAAAACCCAACCAUCCGCUUUAACGAGUUGAAUGACUUGUUGCCGGUGCUCGCAGACGGGUUGGUUUGGGACGAUGGAUUUUUGGGUGAGGCAGAGUCGUGCGAGUUUGGCGCGGUAUCCGUGGGGUUCCGUGAGGUGUUUGCACGGUGUUUUGCUUCGCGCGGUGUGGAGUUGAAUGAGUUGGUGGGGGGCGGGGACGGCGAGCUGUGGGACUUCCUCGGCACGAGCCUAGACGAGGUGAAGCCGAGCCUUGGAGAAGUUCCGGGCGAGACCAAUGGUUUUCCGGGCAAGGCCAAUGGCGACCAGGUGACUUCCCCCAGCCCUUCGCCUGUCCCGGGUUUCUCGCCUAGCCCAGAGCUUACCAUUUUCCCAGGCACGGUUACUGGUGCGUCCUCGCCUUCGCUCAUCGAAUACCCCCAACCCUCCUUUAAACUUAAAAAGCUCAACCAGGCUGUCAAAAUUAAACCCACUGGUGUCCAGCUCUGGAAGUACCUUGGCCUCAACCCCCUCUCCGGCCCCAAGAACCUCCGUAUCCUCCUUGUCUCCCUCACAGCGACCGCCGCCGAAAGCCGCUACUUUCUCUCCUCCGUCAUACAGCACUACGGCCACUGUAAGCUCGGAGCUAUUUCGCUCGUGGGCGACGGAAUUCUCAGCAUCCCCGCGCCUUCCGGUGAAACCGAGUACUACGAGCUCGUCGGUGCGCGCCUCACCGAGCUUGCACGCACGCUCCAGGAGGAGUACGUGGCGCUUCCCGCUGAUGCCCCGGAACGCGAACAGCCAAUCGUGCUUUUGUUUGCGGACUUUUUCGGCGGUGCGCGCGCGGUCGUGGAGACCGCGCGCCUCACCAAGGUGUUUGAAUUCAACGUGACGCUCUUCCACAAGAAGAAAGACCGGCUUCCAAUCCGUGUCGUGCAGCACGUGGUCCCGGGUGACUUUUUCGCCCAGCCCGAGACAAUUUCGGUAAUCUCAGCCGCGCGUCUCGAACGUUUCGUGCUCACAAUGUACAACAAGAUUCCCGGCGCGCCGUUUGCGACGCUUCUGAAAACACUUCCGAAGAGCAUCGCCUUCCGUGUGGGAUCGCAUCCGAAGGCCUCGCUUAUGUCUGAGGAUGUCUACAUUCAUUUGGCGUACGAGCGGUCGAUUGACAAGAACUGGUGCGUGGCCGUGUGGCUGGACCAGUGGGGUAGUUCGCGGCUGACCAAGGCGUGGUACUGCUCGCCCAGUCUCGGUAAGCUCGGCAACCCGUCGACGGGGCUGAUUAAGAGCUUUGAGGACGUGUCAAACGACAUCUGGCAGGAGACGUUGCGCUUGACGCGUGGGCAUGGGGGUAACAAGUUCUUGGUGCUCACGCGGUUGAGCAAUAUUAUUCCCGAUGAUGAGUUGGUUCAGUGGCGGCGGUUGUCGUCUAAUAACAAGAAUAAAGACCUUUCGUUGAUUGUGAUGGCGGUAAACCCAAGCCUGAAGACAUUGGUGCGCGCGCAGCGACCGGAUGCGUGUGUGCUCGGCAUGCCACAUACGGCGUACGAAGACACGGACGCGACGUUGGUCGACCUUGCGGACGCGGUCAGCGGUGCUGUUUUACGCCACCCGUUGGCGUUGUCGAAUCAGCAAACGCGCAUGGCUCUCCAGACCGGCCUUCUCAUGAAACCAGCGUCGGACUCCGAUGAUAUGCUUGUGUUUGAGCUCAAUUUGUUGAGCUGCUCGGGAAGUUGCAGUUCUACCGAAUUGCUCCGCGCGAUGAUGGCUCAGUACCGCAACUUGGCCGCGUUGAGCGCGGUGUGGGGUGUCGCACGCGAGCCGUCGCUUGUCCCGUGGCACGUUUUAGCCGUGCAGAAGUGUCUCCGCUUCUUGGUGCAUCUUCGUGUGGAGCAAUAA